AUUGUGAAUAUUGUAAAAGAAAUGGUUCUUGUCACAGAGCACCUAUGUUUCACAAUGGAGAAAGAUGAUUUUCUUGCUGUAGUUCUUUCCGAAUGUUUUACAGACCAGACUAUAAGGGAUCAGGUGUAUCAAGCUGUUAUCAUUUGUGAGUACAUUCUCAACGCCCAGCGUGAUAGUGCUAUCACAAGUGGUUCUACUGGCGUUGAUUGCAAAGUGGUUGAACAGUAUUCCGCUUGUUACUUGAAAAGCUACACAGACCAUUGCGGGCAGAAAAUUGGAGUUUUACGACACAAGAUGUUCAGCGUGCUACUUCCAAUGCGUUUUGAAUCCAGCAAUUGCGGCAACCUGACGGAGAACUUGUUGACAGAAAAGCUCAGUUAAACAUGUUUGUUUAAUGUACCUUUUCAAAACAGAUUAUAUUUGUAUGUACUA